AUGAUGAAAACAAAAUCCCGAAUUUUAAAUUCUCUGACAAAGAAUGGGAUAGGGAACCAAAUCAAGGGUUUUGAAAGUUACAUUAAUAAUUGUAACAAUAUUAUGAACAAAAGAAAGAUUAGUAACUUGCCUCAAAUAAAUGAACAUGAAGGGAAAGGAGUUAACAUAAAAUAUUAUAUUAAAAAAAAUAUAAAUUUAUAUAGUCAAAAUAAAACAAACAUUUUUAAAAUUGAUAAAAAAAAAUUUGCAAUUGGAAUAUUUGAAAGAAAAAAACCACAUAUGAAUAUUGGAACAAUUGGACAUGUAGAUCAUGGAAAAACUACAUUAACAGCGGCUAUAACUAAAGUAUGUUCAAAAUAUGAUAGAGGCACUUUUAAAUCUUAUGAAGAUAUAGAUAAAACCCCCGAAGAACAAAAAAGGGGAAUAACAAUAAAUGCUACGCAUGUUGAAUAUGAAACAGAAAAAAGGCAUUAUAGUCAUAUUGAUUGUCCUGGACAUUUAGAUUAUAUAAAAAAUAUGAUUACUGGUACAUCUCAAAUGGAUGGAUCAAUAUUAGUUGUAUCAGCAUAUGAUGGUUUAAUGCCUCAAACUAAAGAACAUGUAUUAUUAUCAAGACAAAUAGGUAUUAAUAAAAUAAUUGUAUAUUUAAAUAAAAUAGAUAUGUGUGACGAUCAAGAAUUAGUAGAUUUAGUAGAAUUAGAAGUUAGAGAAUUAUUAUCUUUUCAUAAAUAUGAUGGUGAUAAUAUUCCAUUUAUUAAAGGUUCUGCUUUAAAAGCCUUAAAUGAUGAUCCAUCUGAAUAUGGAGUCCCAUCUAUUUUAAAAUUAUUAGAUGCAUGUGAUAAUUAUAUUGAUGAACCCAAAAGAAAAAUCGAUUUACCUUUUCUUAUGAGUAUAGAUGAUGUAUUACAAAUUUCAGGAAAAGGAACAGUAGCUACUGGACGUGUUGAACAAGGAACUAUUAAAAUUAACGAACCUGUUGAUAUUAUAGGAAUAAAAGAAAAAUCGAUAAAAACGGUUAUUACUGGGAUUGAAAUGUUUAGAAAAACCUUAGAUACUGCACAAGCAGGUGAUCAAAUUGGAAUAAUGCUUAAAAAUGUAAAAAAAAAUGAUAUAUCGCGAGGCAUGGUUGUAACAAAAGUACCAAACAUGAAAACAUAUAAAAAAUUUGAAUCAGAUAUUUAUGUUUUAAAAAAUGAAGAAGGAGGAAGAAAAAAUCCAUUUUCAUCAUAUUAUAGACCACAAGUAUAUAUACGAACCGCUGAUGUAAAUUGUGCUGUUAUAUUAAAUGAAGAUACACAAAUAGCAAAUCCUGGCGAUAAUAUAAAAUGUACUAUUGAACUUAUGUACCCUUUAGCUAUUAGUUCUGGUCUCCGCUUUUCAUUACGAGAGGGUGGAAAAACUGUAGCUUCGGGUAUAAUCACUAAAGUUUUAUAA